CACGAGCUGUUUUGUUGGGAGGGAGAGGAAGAAGCCGAGCGAUAAGUGCUAGGUUGAAAGAAUGUUUGGGUGUUGAUAAUUGCUCGAUCGCUUGACAUUUCAAUGUUAUUGGUCAGUUAUAGUUGCAAAUGCAAUUGUUUUAUUUGAAUGUGAUUAUUUGCAACAAGUAGACAUUCUCGUUACAAUUACACGUCAACGUUGACAGUUCUUCAAACUAUGGAGGCUAACACGGAGCGCAGUUCACCGCCAUUCCCAGACCCUAUGGAUCGUGAAAUGAAUUCGGAUAAAUUAGAAGAGGAAAGCGAUGAUGAAGGUGAAGAUAUUUUCACGGGAAAUACGAAGUCCACCCCUACCACCGAAGUGGAAGUAAAUGACGUGCCGACUGACAUCUUUGCCGAAGAGGGAUCUGAUGUCUCCCCUCCUCCACCGACGACCGUGGUCCAACACGACACAAACGGAGUGCGAUCUGAUGACGAGCAGGACUUGUUUGCAGAGGCAACUGUGGAGCUUUCCAUUGACAAGAAUGCCAGUAGAGAAAGGAAAGAAAUGUCAAGGCCGAGUCCCGCUGCACAGGACGUUUCUCACAAGCCUCCUCCUGCGGCAAGCAAGUCCUUGGGAGAGUGGGAAGAGGAGGAGAGUAAAGACAAGUUUGAAUUGAACAUCGCCGUGACCAAUCCUGAGAAAGUUGGCGAUGGCAUGAAUGCCUACAUGGCUUACAAAGUGUCAACUCAGACCACACUACCCAUGUUUAGGAGCUCAACGUUUUCUGUGAAGAGACGGUUCAGUGAUUUCCUGGGCCUGUACGAGAAGCUGCAGGUGAAGCAUGCGCACCAUGGUUACAUCGUACCCCCACCCCCCGAGAAGAGUGUCAUGGGCAUGACGAAAGUUAAAGUGGGAAAGGAAGAUAACUCCUCGGCAGAGUUUGUGGAGCGGCGCAGAGCAGCGCUGGAAAGGUACCUGAAACGAGUUGUGGCUCAUCAAAACUUGCUGCAAGAUCCAGAUGUCAGAGAGUUUUUAGAGAAAGAUGAGUUACCCAGGGCAGUCAGCACACAGGCCCUGAGCGGAGCCGGCUUCCUCAAGAUGAUCACCAAGGCAUCAGAUGCAGUCAGCAAAAUGACAAUCAAGAUGAACGAAGCAGACAACUGGUUUGAGGAGAAGUUCCAGGAGGUGGAGAAUGAAGAGCAGCAGCUGAGGAAGCUCCAUGGAGUAGUGGACGCUCUGGUCAACCACAGGAAAGAUCUGUGCAUGAACACGGCGGUGUUUGCCAAGAGCAUGGCGAUGCUGGGCACGUCGGAAGACAACACGGCGUUGUCGCGGGCGCUGUCGCAGCUGGCGGAGGUGGAGGACAAGAUGGAGCAGCUGCACCAGGAGCAGGCCUGCAGCGACUUCUUCCUCUUCGCAGAGCUGCUGGCCGACUACAUACGCCUGCUCGGAGCCGUCCGGAACUCCUUUGACCAGCGCAUGAAGACGUGGCAGAAGUGGCAGGAUGCCCAGAACACCCUGCAGAAGAAGAGGGAGCAGGAAGCCAAGCUGCUGUGGGCCAACAAGCCAGACAAACUACAGCAGGCUAAAGAUGAGAUUACGGAGUGGGAGGCUAAAGUCACCCAGUACGAAAGAGACUUUGAAAGGAUCUGCACUACAGUUCGCCAAGAGGUGAUCAGAUUUGAGAAGGAGAAGGCGAGAGAUUUCAAGAUGUUCAUUGUGAAGUACCUGGAGGCUCUUCUGCUCUCUCAGCAAAGGCUCAUCAAGUACUGGGAAGCAUUCCUGCCUGAGGCCAAGGCUAUUGUAUGAGUGAGUGCUGCACUACGAAGAGAAUACAUGAGCACACCUGACCAAACACCCUGAACAUGGAAGAAAGAAGAAGAAAAAAAAAAACUUUUUAUAUCUUGACAUUUUAUGAAACGUCCAUAGCUCUGCAGUGUUGCCUCUUAUGUAUGUAUGUAUGUAUGUAUGUAUGUAUGGCUGUAUGUCUCAGUAUUACUGUUUCUAUACGUAGACGAAAAAGUAAUACAUGAAAAAAAGAUUAUAUUCGUGACCAUUAGUUUGUCAGGUCAAGAGUUGGGAAAUCCAAUUUAAAGAAAAAAAAUGUUGAAAAUUAUAUUAAAAAGAACGCAGAAGAAAAACACUUUAGAUUGUAGUGCAGUCUGUCUGCGCUGACAACUUGAAAGCAGCGUGUGUAUUGUGGUGAGGGUCUUUCUGGCGAUAUUUGACUUUGAUUUCUACUUCUUUGCUUUGGUACUUAUUAACAUAUUAUUUUUUUACUAUUAAUUUGUAUUUACUUGAAAUGCAGUUAAUCAUGAUGUCUGUUAAGCAUUACCACUGGAAAUGGUUGUUGGUAUAUCUCAGCAGCGUUCAUUGGAGGUAUAUGGCUUGCGUGUUUACGAGUGUUUCUGGGUCAGCGAGACAGUGUUUAGGUAAAGCAGAAAAAAAAGAAAUUUAAUGUAUGUUGUUGAAUACUUUGACUCCACUUUUGAUUCACCAAAAGACACAUAAUUGUUUGUACAUAACUUUCUGACAAUAAAUGAUGAAUAAUUUAAAAUACUUUAAAAUAUUAUGAUAGAAUGUGAAUCUGAGACCUAACCACUUAACAGGUGUCUGAUUUCGACAGACUGUCUGUGUUUUUGCACCUGCUGCAAAGUACUGCACCCAUGCAAUUCUCCCUUUCUCAAACAUUUGACAACUUGUAUUUUCCGAUAAAAUGUGUGUAUAGAAGGAUAAGGUUGUUACACAGGUCAUGCAUAGUCUGGAACUGACUUUCCAACAGUGAUGAACAGACAAUACAUUAUUCUGCUUAGUAGAUGGCUACUUUAAUAAAGAUAUAAAAUGUU